UUGUGCCCACAGUACUGGCCAGAAAACGGAGUCCACCGACAUGGACCCAUCCAGGUGGAGUUUGUCUCUGCCGACCUGGAGGAGGACAUCAUCAGCAGAAUAUUUCGGAUCUACAACGCAGCGCGGCCUCAGGACGGCUACCGGAUGGUGCAGCAGUUCCAGUUCCUGGGCUGGCCCAUGUACAGGGACACGCCCAUGUCCAAGCGAUCCUUCCUCAAGCUGAUCCGACAGGUGGACAAGUGGCAGGAGGAGUACGACGGGGGCGAGGGACGCACUGUGGUCCACUGUCUGAACGGAGGUGGUCGCAGUGGAACGUUUUGUGCCAUCAGCAUUGUGUGUGAGAUGCUCCAGCACCAGCGCUCUGUGGAUGUUUUCCACGCCGUCAAAACACUGAGGAACAAUAAACCCAACAUGGUGGAUCUACUGGACCAGUACAAGUUCUGCUAUGAAGUGGCGCUGGAGUACUUGAACACCGGGUAACUCGGAGCUAAUGAACCCACCAGAGACUUAAAGCUCGGGACGUUACAUGUGUGCAUUGUGCUAAGAGUGUGUGUGAGCGAGUUACCAACCACACAACCAGCUCUUUUCUUCUCCUGGUCUUCAGUUGGUAUAAAUGGGAAGGAGACGAGAGUUGUACAGCGUUUAAAUAAACCGCAGCCUGUAUCUGUCAUUACCGGCUGAGGGAGCCAGCAGGAGCACAAUGGGGUUUGUUUUUUUCUGCAGUGAGUCGCCUCUUCUCUGGAUCUCUCUCCGUUUCCGUCUCUCUCCGCCGCCUGUGGUUCCCGUGGAUGUUGCCUUGAUGCUCGACGAGCAUCGAAUCCAGUUUUCUGUGGAAUGCGAAACACUGUACAUAAUGAAAUGUGUUCUUUUUAUUCUUCAGUUUUUUUUGUUUUUUUUUUGCUCAGCUUCUUCAUUUUUAAAAAAGUCAUUAAAUGCAGGAGCUCAAAGCCUAAAUGUUACUAAAUGUCCUGUAAAUUGAUGACUUCUAGAUGAUUAUUGCUUCAUCACUGUUCGUUGGGGACAGCUGGCUCAGUCUACAUCUGCUUUCCCUUUCUCCUGUGCAGGGAUCCAAAGCUUUAUUUGCACUUCCAUUGAAUUCUCGUUGUGCAUAUUGUACAUAUUUCUGUAGAUUAUUUAUUCACGGUAUGUAAUUUCUUUGUGACUCGCAGUAAGUGACAAUCAUAUGUUCUAUAGGUUUGUUUUAUUGACUGUAUUGUGUGCUAUUUUUUUU